UUUUCAUUUCACUUCACGGCUCGCCUUUGAUUUUCGACCCACAGAGCUCUAGCGAUCCGAUUCCCCUUCAAAUCCAACAUCUGGUCUGCCCACCCUCUUCUACUCUUACUUUCCUAGAUAUUUUGCCGAAUUUAUGACUUAUUUGGCAUCGUGGUAAAUGGAAAUGACAACAUUAGGUUAAUUGGUUUAUCUUUGGGGAGUAACUUAAAUUUUUUUGGUCAUCGGAUGAGAUUAAAUUAGUAUGCAAUUGUCUGCGUGUGUGUAUACUUUCCUUGCAAAGGAGUAUGUAUAUUUUUUAAUGGUGAGAAAAUUAUUAGCGUGUGAUUCUUUAUAUGUAUUAAAUAAAGAGGGAGGUGAGGUGGUAGUGUAUUAAAUUAAAAGCGAACGCGUGGACUACAUGGUCUGAACUGGAGGUGUGUUGCUUACAGUUGUAAUAGUCAAACCCUCGGCCCGCCCCUCGCCCGCCUACGGUUCUGCUAAAUGCUAAUGAGAUUUAUUAAUUUGAAACCUACAUAUUCCGCGCCUCUUUGUGCUUAAUAAUGCGCGUGCCCCUCACUCACACAAACCAUGUUUAGUCUUUAAUGGGCCUUGAAAAAGCCCAUUCCCAUUUCAAAUGUAUUUAUCGUUCUACUCCUACCUACCUACCGACCUCCAGUUCAGCCAUAGCUGAUUUGAUUUGAUUUGAAUUUGUUGAGACAGUAAAGUGGGUUUCUGUUUUCUUUUUCUCUGGAUCGUAUGUUUUCACUUUCAGUUUCACGUUGCGGAAGCUGUCAGAGGGAUUAGGAACGAGGGAGGCUUCGUUGGCCGUCCGCAGCGGCCCUCUCUCUGAGUCAACGUCCAACCUCCACGCUUUCUACGGCUUAAUGGCGAACUCAUCGUGAUUCCUUCAAAUUGAGAUGCUUCAGACGUCCAUGUUUUCGCCUCAGGCUCGGAGCGAUAGGAAAUUGAAGAGGUUGGAAUCUCGCAAGUCUCAUUCUUGGUGGUGGGACAGUCAUGUCAGCCCCAAAAACUCUAGAUGGCUCACGGAGAAUCUCGAGGAAAUGGAUCGCAGCAUCAAACGCAUGUUAAAGCUAAUAGAAGAGGAUGCAGAUUCAUUUGCUAAGAAGGCUGAAAUGUAUUAUCAGAAGAGGCCAGUGUUGAUCUCUCAUGUUGAGGAAUUCUACCGCAUGUAUCGUUCCCUUGCUGAGCGUUAUGAUCAUGUGACAGGAGAGCUUCGAAAAAAUAUUCCUUCAGAUCUACAAUCUCAGGGCUCUGGUAUUUCUGACCUGGGCUCUGAGCCGUCCUCUACAUGGCCCUCUCCUGAUCAAAGGCUUGGACGUAGGAAAUCUGGACCACGAGCUGCUGGCUUUGAAUUCUUCCUUGGAUCUGGUGGAAGCAACUCUGAUACUUGCCAAAAGGAAGGAGAUGAGUCAUCUUCCUUGACAGAAUCUGAACCUGAAUCUGACGAUUCUUCGGUAAACAAUUAUUCAGUUGGUGAUCAAGGUUUGAACAGGAAGAUGAUUGAGUUGGAGAUUGAGCUCCGUGAGGCUAAAGAAAAGCUCCGCUUGAAAGAGGAUAGUGCAGAAGGUUCAUUUCCAUUCAAGGGGACAACAGAUGAAAAUUCUGAUUAUGCUUUUGCUAGAAUUGCUGGGUACGAGGAAGAAUUAAGGAAUGCAAAUGAGAAGCUGCGAAUUUCAGACAAACAGAUCAUGAGGUUGAAAAGUGAGCUCCAGAAGUACAGGCAAUCAGAAUUGACCAAAGGUUUGCAGGCUGAGUCUGCGUCUGCUACAACGGAAGAUACCCAGAGGCAUGGGGAUGAGGUUCCUUUGGUCAUUCAUCAGGAAUCAGAGGUUGACGAACAUCAUAGAUGUUCGGGAGCUGACCAAGUCAUUACCAUUGAGAGACUGGUGGAAGAGCAAAAAAUCACAAAGGAAAGACUUGAGAACUCACAGAAAGAACUUACUAAAUUAAAGCUUGAACUUGAGAACGAUAGAUCACCUGAGAAAAUCUGCCAUUUGCAGAAUGAGCUUGAAGCUGCCCGAAAAGAUACUACUACAUGGAAGGCCAAGCUGAGUGCAGAGAGAAGAGAGGUCUCCAAGCUCCAAGAAAGAAUUUCAAGGUUGAAAGCUAGUUUAUCGGAUCGUGAUCAUGAGAUAAGGGAUUUAAAGCUAGCAGUAUCUGAUGCCGAGCAGAAAAUCUUUCCCGAGAAAGCACAGGUUAAGGCUGAAAUGUCUAAGCUACUUGAGGAACGAGCUCUGUUGAUGGAACAAGUCAGAGAAUGGGAGCAUCGAUCUCGUCUUUUGGAGGAUGAAAUCAGAAAAGAAAAGGGGGAAAAGGUGGAUUUGGAGGAUAGACUUAGUGGUGAGAUUGAGCGGUUGGGAACGAAAAUUGUUGAGAAAGUAGAAUGCAUCGAGUAUCUUAAAAGUGGCCUGAAUGAUUUGCAAUCUGAGAGAGAUCAGCUCCAGGCAGAAGUUGUUAGUUUAAAAGAGAAUUUGAGCUCUAAAGACAAGCAGGUCGAUGAAAUACGCAAGCAUGUGCAAAAAUUGGAAAAGGAACGUGUGGAGCUAGUAUCAGGUAUUGAUAAAGCAGAGAAGCUGGCGAAGGAGUUAAGAUUAAGAGAGAAGGAGCUAGAAGGGGAGGUGGAGAAGCAAAGAGUAAUGAUAAUGGAAGGAGCAGAGGAAAAGAGAGAGGCUAUAAGGCAGCUAUGUUUUUCGAUUGAGCACUACAGGAGUGGAUAUCAUAUGCUUAGAGAAGUUUUUAUUGGUCAAAAGCGGGUUCCAGUGUUGGCUUCUUAAGUAUAUGUUUGGAAUACAUAGAAACUCAAAGAGUUGUAGGGUUGUUUCUGGGAUGAAACAAACAAACAGUUAAUCGAGAGUUUGGAUCAUGAUACGGUUUUCUGUUUGUUAAAUUAAGUGAUGUAAAUGUAGUUGUUUAGAGUAACAAUGAGCAGCAGGGGCUUGUCCAAUGCUAGCUGCCGAUGGUAAUGGCCUAGAGGGUCGAGAGACGGAGGAGCUCCCUACUUCAGCAUCCUGUCUCCAAACUUUGGUCUUUUAACGUCGGUCGAAGUAUGAACACUUUUAGGACCGUUCGGCCUUGGGUAAAACUUGAAAUCUAGAAGACCAAUGUGAACCAAGCAAAUGAGCUCCCUAUUCUACGGCUUGUAUUUUGUUGUGUAUGAGACGCCAGGAUUGAAUCGUUUUAACAAACAUCCACUCGUUGGUUAUUAACCUUUCUUCAAUGCCUUCCUGCUCUUUAAUCUUUAUUUUAUAAGAGAAACGAUGUAUGGGAAACUAAUGGGAUUAUUAGGACAAUUUUACACUUAAUCAGAAGCAUGACUUUUUUCGCA